AUGGGAAGAGACAAGAAGACGGUGCAACUUCGCGAGGACGUUUACGAACUCCAAAAAGCCUACGACGACAAGGACCCUGAUAGCAAAGAGACACAGCGAAAGAAAUUGGUCAUGCAGAAAGUCUUGUGGUCGUUCCACAUAAUCCAGCAGCUCGACCCAAAGGACCCCAACUCCUUCUUCCAGAUUGCUGGCUAUCAUGGCAUGCCAUUCCGGGGCGCGGGCUGGGGCAAUCCGUCUUGGUGGGGCGGCUACUGUAACCAUGGCAAUGUGCUGUUCCCUACCUGGCACCGCGCGUACUUGCUGCGUCUCGAGAAUGCCCUACGCAGUGUCAAGGGCUGCGAAGAUGUCGCCCUCCCCUACUGGAACGAGACUAGCUCGGGCACACGACACAACGGCAUUCCCGACAUCUUUCUUCGACAGAAGGUUACGAUACCUAGUUCUAUUCAUGAGAAAUCCGAUUCGGACCUGGAAAUCGACAACCCCUUGCGGUCUUACACGUUUCAAGAUGGCAUAACGGACAACCUACAGCCAGUGCCCGACGCAGAUUACUCUAAGCCUAAAGGCUACGAGACGAAGCGAUACCCGUUCUCUGGACUCGCUAGCAGUUCCGAUAUUGCUGCAACCAACCAGCACAAUAUGCUGAUGACUAUUCUCAACGGCAAUGAUAACAACACAGACAAACUUCUCAACAAAAACGUGAGAGACUGGCUAAACAACUCGAUAACCCUGAGCAGCGGCCAGAAGUAUUCGACGAACACGGCUUGCAAGUAUGAGCAGUGCUUGAAGGCUCCCUCCUACACAGUAUUCUCCAACGCCACUUCGGCCGCCCAAUACAACGAUGACAUCUGCAAUAAUACGGGGGGGAAUUACGCGGACUCCAAGACCGGCUCUUCCAAUGGUCCCACCAGCUCUGCCGUCGUCUCCCUUGAAAGUGCCCACAAUGACAUGCAUCUGGCCGUCGGAGGUUUCAGUAUUCCUGGAAUGGGAGACUUCGAUCCUAUCAUUGGAGCCAAUGGAGAUAUGGGUGAGAACGACACGGCCGCGUUCGACCCUAUUUUCUACUUCCACCACUGCUUCAUCGACAAAGUCUUUUGGGACUGGCAGAAGACAUGGGACUCUACCUUGAACUCGCGGACUCAGCUGACAAUUGUGCCUGAAUAUCCUGGCACCAACUCGGUCGACUCCCAGGGCCCAACUCCAGGGGUUGCUGGAAACACCUGGCUGACUAUGAAGUCCCCCCUCGCCCCGUUCACCAAAAAUGACGAGCAGGAUGGCGACCCGCUUACCUCAAAUGAUGUCGUCAACAUUGUGUCGCAGCUGGGCUACAAGUAUUAUGACUGUGAUGACAAGACAUAUGAAAACGGCACCUCCUGCAAAGACGAAACAUGUGGCUGUCGUCAUGGUGCACAAAGAGCGUCCUUGGCGAACAAGGAGUCGCGCAGCUUGUUCGAGCUCCCAGUUGGCAACAGUGGGACCCCCGAAGAGAAGUCAAUGGAUGUCGUGCGCAUCUCAGGCGUCAACCGGGCAACAAUCAAGGGUUCCUUUGUCCUAGUCGCCCGCGCCACGAUAGACGGGCAGGAAUGUGUAGUAGGGACGGAGAGUGUUCUGAGUCGCUGGGGGCAGUCGGGUUGUGCCAAUUGCCAGAGCCAUCUUGGCGUCAAGGCUUUUGUGCCACUUUUUGGACUUGACCACAAGGUCCUUCACACCGUUAGGGUUGGCUUGCACGGCCACGAAACGAGUGUCGACAACCUCAACUCUAGUAGUGGUAUAAAGGGGGGCUGGCGCCUAGGCAAGAUGGGUACGCCGCAUGGAAUCCAACCUACGCCCGCCGCUCCAGCUCUCUAG